AUGUCAGUUGCACAGUGUGGUCUGUCAACAAUUAACUCACUUAUUUUUGGAAUUAUAUCUAUAUUGCUGAAUAUAUUCUUGAUAUAUGUGGUGAAAAAAAGAGCAGCUCGAUUAUUUGGUGCUUAUAAGCAUACGAUGACUGCUUGUGCUGUAUUCGACGCGAUUUUUAGUGUUAUUUAUAUUACAUGCAGUCCAGUGAGUGUCAGUUCACUGUUAAAAUUGAUUCUCACACUCAUGAUCCGAUGA